AUAUAUAUAUCGAUAUAUUGACAUGUCAGGUUGACACCGCUAGUUCCUUCUUUCUUUUCGAUUUUUCUCGUAUAGACGCCAACAUGGGUUUUGCUACUCUCUGGUACUCGCAUCCCCGCAAAUACGGCCAAGGCUCCCGAUGCUGCCGUGCCUGCUCUAACCGACAUGGUCUCAUCCGCAAAUACGGCCUGAACAUCUGCCGUCAGUGCUUCAGGGAGUACGCCAACGACAUUGGCUUCAAGAAGCUGGACUAAGCGUCUACUUCUUAUUUUGGCACGCCUUGAGCAUGUCUAAAAACAUUUGUUGUAUUAAUAUAAGCAGUCACCCCACCGUCACUACGGAGGGGCGGACUGCGUAGAUUAAUAUGUCAUUAUGGCUGCAACCACUAAUUUAAUCAUUUGGAGAUUUAAAUGACAACAAAGCCGUCAGCGUGUGCACUGUGAAUAUUUGGAUACAACCUGAUUCCACAACAUUUUUCAAUAAGUAAAACAGCGCACGAACACAUCUUCUGAGCACACGUAUUCUUACAUUUAUCACCUUUUCCAAAGGAUCUUUGUUUAAAUACUAGUUUGUUUAAAUCGCCGUCUGAUUAAUACCAUAACAAGAACCGAAAA